AUGUCCAGCAAGAAGAUUUCCACUCGCUUCCUCAUCACCUCCGACACCCUGAACUUCGGGGCAAACAAAUUCUACACGAAAGAAGACAUCCGUCACCUUACCCCAAAAGUAGACGUCCUAUUGCACAGCGACAACCUAACCAUGCUCGGCGGCUUGAACGCCUACAAAAAAGGGCUAGAAAUCCUCUCCCGCAACGACGCUGAGCUGAAACUCAUCAUUGCGGGAGACCACGACGUCUCACUCGACGGUGUGUACUGGAAAACACGAGAUGGAUUUGCAGAGGCCUGGGAGGACUGGGAUUCAGAAGAACAUUCUCACGCCAUGGAUAUCAUGACCGGGUCGUUAGCGAAGCAGGCCGGCGUGACGUAUUUGGAGGAGGGAAUUCAUAGGUUUACUUUGAAAAGUGGUGCGCCGUUUACGAUCUAUACUUCGCCGUACCAUGCUUCUUUUAGGAGUAGUGCUUUUGCGUAUAAUUGCGUUCAAGAUCCCUUCAACAAUUUUGCACAGACGACGCCGGGUAGUACGUCCAUUGCAAGGACGCCGAUUCCUGAUUUUCCCGGUGUGGACAUUGUUAUGACACAUGGUCCGCCGAUGGGAAUUCUUGAUGAGAGUUACAAUGGAGAAAGUAAGUAACCCAACUCUUCCCCUCACCCCACAACUGCUUGUAGCCUUUGCGAUAUUACUUAAAUUUCACUUUUUUGUUUCCAAGUUCCAGAAUAAUCGAGAACUACUCGCUAAUCCGUAAAGUGGGAUGCGAGAACCUCCUUCGUGCAGUCAGGCGUGCAAGACCAUUACUACACUGUUUCGGGCAUCUUCGCGAGGGGUACGGGAUGAAAAAGAUAAAGUGGACAGGAGAAGAAGCAGCGGAAAUAGAGCAUCUAGAUGACGAAAUGACAUUUCUCCAUCCGCAACGAUGCUCUGUCAUACGUGGCGAGGAAACUUUGAUGGUGAAUGGAUCAUUGAGGGAUCAGAGGAAUCAACCGAACAAUCUUCCUUGGAUUGUGGAUUUGGAUCUUCCUGUUGGUUCGUAG